GCCUCUUGUUGGGGGCCUCUCGGGGCCUCUUGGGGUCUCCAGUGUCCCCACCGCGUCGCGCACCCUUGCUCUCAGCUUUGACCCCAGCGCGAUCCGUAGCCAUUUUGGCUCAAGCCUUUUAGGCUCAAUCAUUUUCAGGGAAGGUCAGGGCACGCGACAGGGAUCCAGCAACAAGCAUGAGGUUUAUGAGUUUCAAGGACUCAGAGUUCUCGGGCGACCUCUACGAGAUGUCAACAUUUAUGCAUCCUCCUGCAGGCGGUUGGCUGUCCACUGCCGAUUGCUUCGGCCGCGCGCUUCGUGUAGUUCUGGCUUUCUACGUAUUGCUAGCCUCGCAGCCGCUUGAAUUGUACAGCUUCCUUGUGAAAUAUCAUCAGGUCUUUCACUGGGGAGGUUGGAUAGGAUGGAGUCAUCUGAUCAUGUUCGUCUCCUUGACAAUGUGGCCAGGACUGAUUAUCCUGCUCGUGUGCCACGAAAAACUGAAGACAGCGUUGAAGCCACCUUCGGAGGUCAACUGUUUUUUCGUGGAGCCUGAGAACUUCUUCGCGCGCUGCUUCUGGGCGUUUCAAAUGGUGGGCUCAGUGCCUCUUGCCAUUUUCAUGACCCACGGCAACAGCACUGCUGCGAUCGAGAAUGCCUGGCAUGACUACGUCCUGACCAAGCAGUUCUGGAGGAGGCAUAUGGAGAAGACCAACAUGCCGUUCCCCCAGCAACUUGGUCAAUGGGAUGGGAGCAGUUGCGAUUGGUGGUCACACGCCAAAGGGAAAUCAGAUGACUUCAUCGGUGGGGAUGUCGUGUUGAAGCUGAUGGACGGAUGCUUGGGUGCAGGGGACACUUUCCUGGAAGCUGGCAGGAAUGGUUUUGAUGGCACUUUGGGGGCAGUCUCAAGGGUGCUGAACGAGAAGUAUGCAUCAACCGUAGGAGUGCUUGUUCUGGAAUGGGUUCGCCCAAAGUCUGGACACGAGGUGCACUCAUUCGACAUCGUCACCAUGGUCAUGCCGGACGACAGCAUCCAGCUCGUGUCCUGCCUGUACUGGGGCAACUGCAGAGACGGAGGAUCCAGCACGCACGAUGCCAUGGCGGGCUUCGUAGUCGACGUCGACGAGGAGAAGGUGCACUCAACGGCAUCGUGGUACUCCGCCCUAUUCGCCAAGAGCAUGGGGGCGGGGCAGAGCGGUCUGGCCGGCCAAGGCACGGGGCACGGCGAGGUCGGUCUCGGCAGCCACUUCCCAGGCAUCAAGGAGCUGUGCAAGCAGGCCAUCAAGGGUCACGAGUCUGCGCUGCAGGAGACACCAUGGUUGCACGUGGUGGGUUGGGAUGCGAUGUUCAGCACCUCAGGGCCCGUCUUCUUCGAGGGCAAUUAUGCAUCGCAUCGGAUCCCCCGGCGCGUCUUCCUGACGUGGAGGAGCACCGUGUGGUUCCUCAGCAACAGCAAGCGCUUCAGCUUUCUCCAGUCACGGCGCAGGAAACACAUCACCGUGUAGUUGUCUUGAAAUGAACGUCGUCGAGGCGAAACACUCUGGUAAGAAUGACUGACGGUUGACGCCAUCAAUCCGUGUAUUGAAUUUGCAGAUGUGUGCAUGCGUGUGAAUGUAGGUGAUUGUGAUUGGGUUUUGUGCAGCCUGCCCAAGUACACUCGCCUUCGCACCGCGCUGACACCUUCACAAUCACUGUCUUUUUUUGUCGCGACAGGUGCGACGUCGCCGCCCAGGACGAUGGGGGUCGAGCGAGCGCUGUGGAUUCCACUGCCCGUCAGUCGGGGAGAAUCUACUUUUUAAGGAGCAUCGACUCCAUCGCUGCUGCAGAUCGUGCCGAAGCAUGCUGCCAGCGAGGAACAAACAUUAUCAAACAUUAGCCUGGCGAAGAACCCA